GCGGCCAGGGUCGCCUCUGCCAGCCCGACUCCCGCCCCUCCCUCGGCGGUCACCUGGGGCGGAGCGCUGCAGGUGCCGGGGCGGGGCGGUGGACACCUCUCGUGUCUAGCCCGGCACCCCGCGCCAGGGACGCGGAAGCCUCGGGUGGCCUUGGUAGGUAGCGGCAGGACCCAUCCCCCCGGCAUUCCGGAGGCGACCCUGAGGACCCGGACUGCACAGGAAAGGUCCAUUUGGGAGGAAAUGCACUCUCUUCGCCCUACCCUGUGCAAAUUACUCGGAGCUUAUUCCUGUGGCAUUUUUGUGUGCCGGGAACCAAAAGUAAGGUAAUUCAAGGCACUAGACUCAAGUAAAAUAGGAAGAUCAUCAGCGGAAAGACCUGCUGGAGGAAACAGAGGCCCGCUAGGACUUCUGAGCUGGUCGGAUCGCAAAGCGAACCCCAAGAUGCCCUGGAAAGGACUUCCACGUUAGCUUUGGAUGGGAAAUGAAGUGAAGCAGUGUUACAUGUAUUUCAGUGGGCCCUGUGAGAUUUGACUAAAUAUGACUGCUCUUUCUUCAGAGAACUGCUCUUCUCAAUACCAGCUACAUCCGACAAAUCAGCUCCUAGACAGUAACUGUCUGCUAGUCUUGAUUAUACUUGGAAAAAUAUUAUUAAAUGUCCUCACACUGGGAAUGAGAAGAAAAAACACCUAUCAAAAUUUUAUGGAGUAUUUUUGCAUUUCACUAGCAUUCAUUGAUCUUUUACUUUUGGUAAAUAUUUCCAUUAUAUUCUAUUUCAAGGAUUUUGUGCUUUUAGGCAUUAGGGUUACCAAGUACCACAUCUGCUUAUUUACUCAAAUUGUUUCUUUUACUUACGGCUUUCUUCAUUAUCCAGUUUUCCUGAUAGCGUGUAUAGAUUAUUAUCUCAAUUUUUCUAAAACCAACCUUCCAUUUAAGUGUCAGAAAUUAUUUUAUUUCUUUAUGGUAGUUUUAAUUUGGAUUUCAGCAUUUGCUUAUGUUUUGGGAGAUGCAGCUAUCUACCAAAAGCUGAAGACACAGAAUGUUUAUUCUUAUCACUGUCCUUUCUACAUCAGCAUUCAGAGUUACUGGCUGUCAUUUUCCAUGGUGAUGAUUUUACUGAUGGCUUUCAUAGCCUCUUGGUCAGAAGUCAUUACGUUGGUACAGGCUAUUAGGAUAACUUCCUACAUGAAUGAGACUGUCCUCUAUUUUCCCUUUUCAUCCCACUCUGGUUAUACCGGGACCUCUAAAAAAGCACUCUUGCCCAAGUUCAUUGUCUGUUUUCUUGGUACCUGGCUACCAUUUGUACUACUUCAGAUAACCAUCCUUUUAUUUAAAGUAGAGAUUCCAGCAUAUAUUGAGAUGAACAUUCCGUGGUUGUACUUUGUCAACAGUUUUCUCAUUGCUACGGCAUGCUGGUUGAAUUGCCACAAGCUUCAUUUAAGAGACACUGCAUUACCUGUGGAUCCGUUUGUCAAUUGGAAAUGCUGCUUCAUUCCACUUGCAAUUCAUAACCUUGAGCAAAUGGAAAAGCCUAUAUCAAUAAUAAUUUGUUAGUAUGUUGCCACGUUAAGACUUACAACUACGAUAAGAAUUGUAACUUUAUAAACAGGGAAGAAUGACUCAGGACCUACAGAGAUGGAACUGAACCAAAGCCUCCCUCUACCACCACCUGCCAACUGUGUCCAUAGUUUUUCAGAAUGUGUAUUUUGGGGCUAUGACAUUGGGUUUUUUUGUUGUUAUUGUUUCUUUUUUAACAAAAUAAUUGCAAGAAAAAAAUUUAUGCCUGUUCAGGAAAACUACAUGUUACAGAUGUUAACACGAAACUGAACUGAGUUCACAUUCGGCCAUACUGAUGUUUCUGUUAUCCAAAAAGAUACCGGAUCACCAAAGACUCGCUGCCAAUUUUGUUACAAACUUAAACAUUUUUAUUAAAUUCAAAGUGAGAAGAUGAAGGUCAUUUUCUUAAAGAAUUUGUAUACCAGUUCAUUUUAACAUAAGGGGAAGAUGCUCAUUUUAAAAAAUAUAUCUCUGUAUUUAAUGUAAAUAUUCCUGGAAGCAUAGUUUCACCUACUUACCUUACAGAACUGGGAUUAGAGACUAGGCUUCCUUCCAUGACACACCAGAUUCAUUUUCGGUUAUAACUUAAUGUCACUUGAAUGUCAAAUCAUAAUUAUUCAAUACUUCAGCAGUGUAUCACACUGUGAAAGUAAAGUUGUGUUCCUUAGCCUCGGCGCUAUCGCUAUUUUGGGUUGGGUCAUUCUGGUCGGGGAGACACCCUGUGCACUGUGGAAUGUUCAGCAGCAUCCCUGCCCUCUGCCCACAGAUACCAGUAGCCCCUUGCUCCCUAGUCACGGCAAUCACAGCAUCUCCAGACACUGCCUCACCGCCCAUGGUGGGCAAGACCACCCCUGGCUGAGGACUGAUGGAAUAAAGGAAUCCGAGUGGCAAAUAAUCUGAAGUCGCUUUGUGAAUUAAUUGAACUACCUAGACACCGUCUAAUCUGUCCAUGUCUAAACCUGGCCUUCACUACACCGUUCCUCUGAAUGUACUGCUUUCUAAUUGACCAUGACACGGGAUUACAAUAUUUAAAAAUAUAUUGUACUUAAUAGAGAAUUAAACUCAAUAGAUUUUAAAUCAGGAAAAUUUAUAACUGUUUCAAACUCCUUAUUAAGCUUUUUAAUUGUUAUUCAUUCAGUGUAUUCCCCAUGCCUCAUAAACUUAAAGAAAAAAAAAGAAAUUAUUCAAUAGACCAGCCAAAUGGAAGAGGCUUUUAUUUUUAAAGAAAUGAACUUAACAGCUGGUCUACAAUAUAUUAUUGAAUUAUAAACAACAUAAAUAAAUGAUCCUGCAGGCCCACUAACCUUCCAUCCAGACCCACAUGAAGCAAUGUUACAACAAUAUUCUAUGUGAAAAUGUGCAGGUAACAAAGGUGCAAUUACAAGCAAGUUUAAGCAGCAGAGUAUAAGGUGCUUUAAUUUAACAGUUAAUGUUGCCAUCAAUAAACAUUUGAAUGCUUAAUUUUAACUUUACUGAAUACAGACACAACAAAUAUGGAAAUCUAAAAUUAAUACACAUGCUACUUGUUAAUAUGAAAGUGCCUUCUCUUUUUUAAAAAAAUACACCAAAUGGACAAUCUUUUUACAUAGAUCAUGGUGUGCUCUUAUAAUGGAAAAUUAACUUCAUUUUCAGGUUAUACAUUUGAAAACUGUAGCUAUAGACACCAAUCUAAGAAUGCUAAUGCUAGGAGUGCUAAAACUAUUCAAUUUCCUGUAAGGAGGACUCUAAUACAAUAUCCAAUGUAAAGAAUACAUUUAUAUAUAAUCUUAACAUUUGUUUUCUGUAAGGAUAAAAAAUGUUUUCCCCCCUUGGUGAUGCUUCAUCCUGGGUGGAUCAGCUUUUGAGGCUUUAAUAACAUGAAAGUCCUAUUUAAGAACAAUGUGAGGAACCAAAAGGAGGAAU